GGCAGUUCGGGUUUCGAGGCGGCCGAGGUCGGCUGGCCGUACGGGGAGCCGCCGGAGGCGCUGGCGCGCACGGCGCAGGAAGUGGGGCUACAGCUCGUGCUGAUCAACACGCCCCCGGGAGACCGAGAGAAAGGGGAGAUGGGGCUGGGGGCCGUUCCCGGGAGGCAGGCGGCCUUCCGAGAUGGGCUGGAGCAGGCUGUGCUGUACGCCAAGGCUCUGGGCUGUCCCAGGCAUGAGGAGAAGGGGCACGGAAAAGGAGAAUUUGGAAGUACAGGAGGCGCUAAGUGAGAGACCUGGGGAGAUGGGAAUCCGGCAUGAUCGGAGAGCAGCUGGAAGAGGUGCACCCAGGGAGCAACGGAGUGAAAGCUCGCGCUUCGAGGGUGGACUCCACAGCCCCAUCCAGGCCCAUUUUCCCCACAGGAUUCACCUGAUGGCUGGCCGAGUGCCCCAGGGGGCUGAUCGAGCAGCAGUCAGGGGUGAAAUGGACACAGUUUUUCUGGAGAACCUGAGGCAUGCAGCUGGGGUUCUGGCUCAGGGAGAGCUCUACUCACGGAUCCUGCCUGGUGCUAGGAGAACCUUGUGGGGCUGCUGGAGCCCAUCAACACCCGCAUCACGGACCCCCGCGGCAGCCAUCUUAGAGAAAGUUGGAAGACCCAACCUCCAGUUACAGAUGGACAUAUUCCACUGGCAGAUCAUGGACGGGAACCUGACGGGGAACAUCCGGGAGUUCCUGCCCCUCGUUGGUGAGGGCCCCUUUCUUGGCUCCUUCCUAGUCUGCCAUGAUGCUUCCUCUGUCCUCCCACUCUUUCUACCCCCCCCCCACAUCUGCCCACAUCUGCUCCCAGGGCACGUGCAGGUGGCACAGGUCCCAGGCCGAGGGGAACCCGGCAGCCCUGGAGAGCUGAACUUCCCCUAUCUGUUCCAACUUCUGGAAGAUGAAGGCUACAAAGGCUUUGUGGGCUGCGAGUACCAGCCUCGAGGAGACACGGUAGAGGGCUUGAGUUGGCUACGUUCGUACUGGGAUAAGCGGGGCCGCCCACAGGCUGGCCAGUGAGGUCCUGCGCUCCAGCCACACACCUCUGGGAUGGUGAGCUGCACAUCCCGAGUCUCCUCUGAAUUAAAGACAAUCUGCUGAAGGUU